ACGAAAAGGCACUUGGAGUCCAUGAAGAUCAGCUGCAGGCUUGAUUAAGGGGCUCAUGGGGGACCAGGAAGCCCACGACGGCGCGCCGCCGGGCUGCUGCAUCAGGAGGUGCAGGAACUCGACGCUUUUGGCAGACGCCGUGUCCUUCGCCUUCCCUGAUGAGGCCGAGAGAAAAUGUUUGUGGAUGAAGCUUUUGAGAGAACAUAUGGUUUCAAGUAACAACAAAGUGGAACCAAGGAUCUGUUCUGACCAUUUCCGCUCAAGUGACAUAGUGAGGACAACCCCCAAGCCAGAACUGUCGGCCGAGGCUCUUCCACACGUCCAGAGCAGCGACAAGACAGAAGAUGAACUGAGUGGAAGUGGCCAGGUUGACAAGGCCUUUGCUGAGGAGCCUGAGGAAGAGGAGUCAGGAAGAACACCAAGAGUGAAAGUUGAGGCUUUAGAUUGUCUCCGGCCUCAGGGCGAACUGCAACAACUCCAUCUUGAGUCUGCUGAGAGUGUAGUUCAUAUGUCUGUUCUACCAGUUAAAAUGGAAAUACAUAGUGAAGUAAGAGAUGAAAAUGUUGACAUGACAAGUUCCAGCAAAGUCAAAGGAUCUCAGAACAGCUCAAAGGAGACAGAGAAGGAAUUAAACAGUUCGAGAAAAGUUAAGAUUACCAUUAGUCCAGACAAGAUAGAUAAAUUUGUUAAGGAAAAAAAGCUACUGAAACUUCCCAGUGGUGCAUACAGUGUGAUGGAAGAUGUAUUAAAAGAAAUUGAAAGCUGUUCAAGUGAAGGCAAGCAAGAACUUAGUCAGGGAAACUCAAAGUCAGGUAGUGAUGCCCCAGUUCCAACUGUGGCAUUUAAGAGAAAGCGAGGUCGCCCACGGAAGGGCACCUUUGUUCCUCGUACAGUGCCAGGGAAACAGGCUGCCAAUACCAAUAACACUCAAAUUGAAGUCACAGCAGCAGGAAAAAGAAUAUUAUCAAUCAGCACCAACAAUGAAGAGGCAGUUUGUGAUAGUACAGAAGCUGGAGAUGUGGAGACUGAUAGUGAAAACAAGCCUAAACGAAAAAGACGUUCGAAGGUACUUGAUGAUUAUGUGGCUGACUUUAAUACCUCCGAUGAGGAAGAAGGAGUGUUCAACACUAGAAUGACAAAAUUCAGUGGUCGUGGGAGAGGUCGAGGAAGAGGACGCAAGAGUGCCUCCUCUGAAGUAGAUCAUCACGACAGGGACUUUUUUUCAAGUUACGUAGGAGUGUUCAGUAAGAAAUUCAGUCUGCAAGAGGAUAUUCCCGAAGAUGAUACAUUUGAUGUUCAGAGUGAAAGUGAGGAAGACUUUGGUAAUCCUGAAAGUUCCUCUGCCAUAAGAGGACUGAAUAUCUUGGAAGAAGGAAGUGGUCCAGGUUCAGGAUCGGAAAUGUCUCUCGGCCCAGAAGGGAAAACCAAGGUGCAGAUAGUCAAUACUGGUGAGACAUCUAUGGUAAAUGGCAAAGAAAAUCUUAUUUACCAUGUGAUAACUACCACAGGAGGCACAUCAACAGUGACACCACUAUCAGUACCCAAAGAAGUCAGCAGUGACCAGAAUGAAGAAAGUGAAGAAGUGGCAUCUACAUCGCAGACAGAAAAGGGGGGAGGGGAUGCCGCAGUGCCAGGGCAAAACUUGAAGAGAGCAGCUGCAUCAAGAACUCAGAGAAUGAAGAACAAAAGGAUGGUCAGGACAUACAACCAAAAGUUGGAUGCUCUCCGUCAGCAGUACUCAAGGGCAGUGCAAGAACUGCGAAAGAGGAGGCUGUACACUCUGGCAGACUUGGUUUGUGGUGCCUCAAGGUUCUUGACUGAAGAACAACUAGUGUUCUUUACAUUGCAACUAAAAUCAGGCUGCCACAAUAUGCAGGGAGUCAGGUACAGUGUUAGAGAGAAGAUACUAGCAUUAGCUUUCUAUCUGCAAAGCCCAGCCCUGUACAAGUGGCUCCGAGCAAUAUUUCACUUGCCAACAAAGUUAAUCCUGGAAAGGUGGCUAGAAGGCAUUGCAAAAAGUGAUCCUGACACAGCUAAAAGACUGAUGUACCAUGUGUAUACUAAGUACAUUUUCAAACAGUGAUGUGGCUGCAGUAGUACAAAUUUUUCAGACAUAGAAUAUAUUUUUUUAUUUAAUGUACAGUGAAUGAUAGAAAACUGUAAUACACAUGAUAAUUAUAUUGAUGUACUUGCAAGAUAA